AGGAAAAUGGCGAGGGAGGCUGGAGGUGCGGUGUCAUAAUUCUGCCAGCUAGAGUCGAGAGCGCGUGACUGAGGCCAGCUGGAGGGUGCAGACAGGAAGUGCAGUCUGCGUCGUUAUUCAAUUGAAGAUCCGCGGGCCCGAGUCAGUAUAUCUGCAGCGCGGGAGGCUCCGCCGGCACUUCGCUGUUGACCAUGGGGCGAGUUGCAGCCAUGAUGCUCCUGCUCCUCCUCCAGCUCUGCGCGGUCCUCGUGCACACUGGCUACGCGUUCCCUAAUGUGACGAUGCCCGUAUCAUCACUAAAGAGACCGCUGGAUGGGGAGGGUCCGAACGUCAUACAGCGCCAGGUGGAGAUGGCCUGGCAACCAGUGCCGGACGCUGAGUGGUUGGGACUCUUCAACGUCUCUCCCCCGCAGAAGGCCCAAGACGCAGCACCGCUUGUCCGCUGGUCCGCUUCGGAACACCCUGGCGGUUGCUUCCGCGCAAACGUCACUCUCCCUCGUCAGGAGUAUCCUAAUGGCUGGAACAAGGGAUCCGAAGACGAGCCUGUUGAGGGAGACGCUUGCAUGCCCUUCUGGCUUGCCAUCUACGACAAAAAUGAUGAAUUACUACACUCUGACUGCAUUAAAAUUCGUCCUACCUGGAUGGCUGAUCACAGAGAAGAGUUGGAAAACUUGACCGUUGCUGAUUUGUUCAUCCCUGGGACAAAUGGUUCAGACACUUACAAUGGAUCAGUUAUGGAAAAUACAAGUGAAAGACAUGGUUGCUAUGUUCUCACACAAGAUACUGAUGUUUGGGGACAGUUAGUGCAUGGAAUUCGAUACAUAGACAUUGACGUUCGUGACCACCCUGGCAACAAGACAACUACCUAUGCUCCUGCAACACAAGAUGAUGAUGGAUAUAGGCAAAUAGUUAAUGUUGAUGCUGUGAGAGAUAUAUUAGAAGAAAUUAAAGCUUAUCUGAAGAAGGCACAUUCUGAGAUAAUCGUCCUUGAUAUACAUGACUUUGAAGGGCCUGCUGGCAAUCGCUGCCUGCUUCUUUCAAUGGUAUAUUCAGUACUUGGCCACUUUAUAUCGCCAUUCAACAGCGUAAGCUACAAUUCAACUCUAGCUGAAGUUUGGAAAACUGGAGUGAACUUGAUUGUGACAUACAACAAUCCUGAGACUAUGGAGGGGCUCCGUGUACCACCCAUAUAAAUUGCCUGCAGAAAUUUUCGUAUUGUUCAUGGAAAGGAGGAUUGUCGGUACGCUUCUGUGUGGGCUCUAAUCUCUCUGAUUUCAUCCUCAUGGUCUCUUCAUGAGAUAUACAUAGGAGGGAGGAAUAUACUGCUUGACUCUUCGGUGAAGGCAUAGGAAGCUAGUUAAUAUAGAUGCUGAGGUAGAUACCAUAUAUUAGAAGAAAUUUAAGUUUAUCUAAAGAAGGCAUGUUGAUAUACAUUACUUUGAAGGACAUGCUGGCAAAAUAAAUAAAUAAAUAAAUCGCUGCCUCCUUCUUGCAUUGCUGUAUUCAGCACUUGGUGAAUUUGUAUUGCCACUCAACAGUAUAAGCUACAACUCUACUCUAGCUGAAGUUUGGAAAAAUUGAUAGAACCUGAUUGACAUACAACAAUUCUGAAAUUGUCAAGGGGUAACUCACCAAUCUGCCCAGAACUCUUCAGAGAAUCAUGGCUCAUUCCAUUUGAAACACCAAAAUUCAAGAGCAAACUGAAGGAGUGCCUGAUACAAAAUUCAUUCUGUUUAAUUGCUAAUUUUUAGUGCAAAUGUGCAAAUAUUUAAACAGCUUUUAUUUUAUAGAUGAGUGAGCCAUUUAAUGCAAGCAUAAAUGUUGACUAUUCAUAAUAUAAACGGCUGACAGUGUAUGCAUAAAAAUUAUUAUUUCUGUUGAUGUAUUAUGAUGUAACAUUAGUUGCUAUGAUUAUUAUCAUGAAGCAAUCAUAUUGUGCUCUACUGUAUUGCACAUAUUGUGAUAAUACUCCUUGCAAUUGGGAUCAAUGUAAGUCACAAUAAAUAAAUGAAUAAAUGGCUGGAAUAAAAAGGAACAAGCCCUGCA